AUGCCUUCAAUGAUCCCACCUCUUCCUGCGGGCACCUCUGUCCCCGUGUCCGCCAUGCCUCUCAUCUCCCCCAAUGCCCUUCUUCACGCCCACGUCAAGCAAAAUCCGCCUCGACGCCCCUCCAACCGCGCCCCGUUUGAACCUCGACCUAUCCAACUCAACACUGGCUCCUUGACUCACUGCAGCGGCUCAUCCUUGACCAAGAUCGGCGCGACCACAAUCGUAUGUGGUGUCCGUGCAGAAAUCCUUCCAGUAAGCGAGAUCCCCAGCUUUCGAAUCAGAAAAGCCACUUCGUCCGACAAUCAGGGGGAAUCUGUGAGGCGGCCGAGUCGUCAUGAUGAUGACGAGGAAGAGGAGGAGGAAUACUCGGCAAUCUCCCGGUACCAUCUCAUUAUCCCGAACAUUGAACUGUCGACAGGCUGCUCACCCAACCACCCUGCCAACGCCGCCCCUUCCGUCGAAGGACAAUCAGUCUCGCAACGAAUAUUGUCAUUGCUCCACAGUUCGCGACUCGUGAGGACGUCCGAUCUUGAAAUCAUUUACACGCCGCCCCCGGAAACGCACCACCCCGAACUCGGCAUCGACGCUGACCCCCAGCUCAAGGCAUACUGGGUUCUUUACAUCGAUAUGAUAUGUAUCAGCCACGGAGGAUCCGUAUUCGAUGCAGCAUGGCUCGCCCUCUACGCGGCACUGAGGGACACGAUACUCCCAAAGGCGUGGUGGGACGCCGAUCUGGAGCAAGUCCUUUGUGCGGCCGAGCUUGAACAUGCCAGAAGACUCAGGCUGCGAGGGAUGCCGGUGCCGAGCUCUUUCGGUGUGUUUGUCCCGGAAAAGAGACUCCUACCGGACAAUCAAAAUGGCGGACAAGGAGACGAUCAAUAUUGGAUUCUCAUGGACACGGAUGGGUGGGAGGAAGAAUCUUGCCGGGAAACCGGAUGUGUUACGGUGGACGUGGAAGACGAUUCAGGGGCCAUAUCAAUAUUGAGAAUCGAAAAGAGCGGUGGCUCGAUCGUGGGAGCCGAUCAGAUCAUGGAAAUCACUAAUUUCGCUGAGCGCCGAUGGCGGCAAUGGAAAGAUGUCUUGGAUAACAUCAAUGUUAUGCGAUUAUGA